AUGAUUAAUAAGAGUUACAUCACAUGACCGUUGUAAUUUGAACAUGUUCAAUCUAGGAUAGCCUUUAGAAGAUGAGAUGUAUUCAUAUUCUAUUCACAUACCCACACUGUGUAUUGGGUAUACAAUAGGGCUAUUAUUGGGGCCGACUAGACUAGAGGUAUGUGUUUGACUCAGGCAAGUGUUAGAAGAAACAUUGUAUACAGUAGUGGGAUAUAUUUCAGAAACCUGUUGACGCAUCAAUAUCAUCCGGUUAGCCUAAUGCUGACACGUCACUAAACCCCAUUUCAUUUUAUUUUACUCAAUCAGUUACUAGAAAUGAAAUAAAAUGGGUUUUGACGUCCGACUGGGCUAUUAAUGAAAACAGAGUUAUUAGAGUAUAUCUGUUUAUUUUGUUAUAGAAUAGGUCAGUUGUUAGAAACACUGGGUACGUUACAAGAUCAACAAAAUGAACAUUAUGGUUUUGUUCAAACUGUCGGAGAAGACCAAGUUAUUCCCCCUGCUGAAGAAGAAUUAAUAGAUGCCUCUGAUCUACAGAGUGGCACAGCUGCAUUUAGAGUUGAUCAUUUGACAUAUGGUCCACCGAAGUCAUCAGUUAUACUAUGUAGAAAUUUAAGUUUUCAAUUAGAAUGCGGUGUAAAUAUACUGGUUACAGGUGAUUCUGGCUGUGGAAAAAGUUCUUUACUACGUGUCAUCAACCGAUUAUGGACGUCUGUAACAGGACAUAUUGACAGUUUUUUACCAGCAGAAGCUAAAAGUAUUUUAUAUUUACCCCAGAAACCCUAUUUUACUAAUGGUUCCCUCAGAGAACAGAUUAUGUUUCCAUUGACAGAUGAAAAUUUUGUACCAGGUGAUGAUAAAAUGUACGACUAUUUAGAUAAAGUUGGUUUAAAGGGUGUGGUAGAAAGAACAGGUGGUUUGGAUGCAGGUCAGGAUUGGAAUUGGUAUAAUGAACUGUCACCAGGAGAGAUGCAGAGAUUAUCAUUUGUUAGAUUAUAUUAUCAUAAACCACCUUUUGCAAUUUUAGAUGAGGCUACAUGUCAGGUGAAUCAUGAUAUGGAAGAUACACUCUAUACAUUCUGUGCUGAAUUAAACAUCAUCGUCUUAAGUGUUGGUCAUCGAAGCAGUGUGAGAAAAUAUCACGAUUUAGAACUAAGGCUAGAUGGUGUGGGCGGCUGGUCCUUGACUCCAAUAACAGACGAUGUGAUAAAUCCAUGAAAUAUUACCCUAGCCAGGAAAUAUUGUCAGGUAUAAAUACAGGCUUGAUCUAGCGCAAUUUCCUCUAGUUGGGUGUCCUGACGCAAAUUUAUAAAUACUGGCUGGAUCAUCUAGCGUGAUUCCUCUAGUUUUUGUCUGACGCAAAUUUAUUUUUGUUCAUCUAGUUAAUCCAUGUCUCACACAACAGUUACGAAAUGUCAGGUACAACUUCAGCAGGGACUACCAUUUUGUCAGUCACUAAUUUGUCUUCAAACAAUCAUGUGACUUCUCGACAUCAGUAGUGAUUGGCUAAUGAAUUCAACAAAUGGGCGAAUGCUUUAAUUUGCUGAACCUGGCAAACGUGGUGAACAAAAUUUCGGCCCAAUAUAUCAAACAUGUUUGUUCCUAGGAAAAUUUCGACUAAUAUAUAGUCAAGCAGUAGUAAGAAGUUUUAUUUUAAUCCCUUCAAGUGCCUGUGCCAUUACAGUAUUAUGAAUAUGUGUUGACUUCCAUUUUUGUUUUGGGUUUGUUUAAUAAUUUUGUUAAUGCAUUGUUCUUUAUUGUGUACCGUAAAUACCCAAUAGAAACACACCUAUUCCAAUCAUUCAAAGACAUUGUCUGUUUAGUUAAGACACAUUUAUAUAUGCCAAAAAUAUCAUUUGAAAAUAUAUUGUUGUCACCCUUGUCUGUCUGUCCUCAAUUUUUUUAUAACUGCUUUAUAGGUCAAAAUUUGAGGGGGGUUGGAUGGCGGAAUGGUUAACACGUGCGUGCUGUAUCAUUAGGCCUGUCAUUGAGUCAACUGGUGUGGUUUUGAAUCCCCAGUUGUACGUGACAAGGAUUAGGGUCGCCUGUGCAACCUUGUAGGUUUUCUCUGGGUCCUCCGGUUCCCUCCCACUGCUAAAGACCCCUAGGCGCAAGGGAAUUAUUGAAAUAAAUUUAAACCAUAUGUUAGUCUGUGACCUAGUUUGUGUGAGUGGACAUUAAACCCCAUUUCUCUUUCUUUCUAUUAAUAUGUUAGCGCAUUACUCAUGGAGAUGAUAUUAAGGAAAUUUGUGUGAGUGGACGUUAAGCCCCAUCUCUCUCUCUCUAAAUUUUGAGACCUGCAAUUUUUUAGACCUUUUUCGAUCUUCAUUAGCUCGGUUGGUGCAGAAGUUUUGGGGUUUUUUUUGCACCUACUUAAAUUGUUGAGCUAGCUUGAAGCAGGAACUGUCAUGAAACUAAUUAAUUCAAGUAUGAGUGACCACGAAAAACUUGGCAUGACAGUCUGAUUAAAACACAGAUCCUAUUUCAUUUCGCUUUUUAAGGUUCAAAAUUUCGUUUUUACUUGUCUUUACUACUACACUAGGAUCUGGAAGUAUUGUUAUGCAACUCACAUUCUGGUAGAUCUAAGGUAUUAGUCAAUGAAACAGUCUAUUGGCAUGUGUUAUUUGUGUGUGUUUAAGGGAACUGUGGGUCAACAUUCGGAGCAAAGACAAAACAAAAGUUGUAUUCCCAAAUACCCACUAGAAACAUCAAUGCUGAUUGGUUAAUCAAAUGUUUGAUGCCAAGGGUCAAAUGCCGCUCAUAUUACCCCUGACGCGACCUCCCAUGACAAUGGGUAAGAUCUUCAUGCAAGCCAUUAAAAGUAUAAAAAACGAAACAAAGUGUAUAGAUCUGUAUUUUGAUCAGAUUGUUUGGUGGGAGUACUUUUUAUUAUUGAUUAUUUUUUUUAAUUCUUGACUUUUCUUUUUAUUGUAUGUAUUAAGAUAUUAAGUUGUUAGAUUAAGAUUUUAAUUCCCUAUCUCUUGCACAUAACCUAUUUCGUUUGUGGUAGGGACUGUGCCUGUUCACUUGGCAAAUUCUGGUACCCUACAUCUAGAGUAGACUGUAUGAUGGUAAGUAAUAUGUACCUACACCCAUAUAAUUGUGAUGAGGCUAUCGUUUUACUUAUUAGGAAAACUUACCGCUUCUGGAAAGAAGUUCUAAAAAUGGCAUUGUUCAAAGAGUGUGUAGAGUUUUUUAAUGCAAAGUUGUCUUUUGUUUUUUUAAAGAAAAUUGAAUAAACUUGAAGGAAAAACAGCUUCAGAUAUUGAAAUCUUUGUAUGAUAAGACACUCUUCACAGCCAUCAUCAUGGGUGACGCCAUUUUGUAAUCCAGGAACUUGAUAGUAGUUCCAAUGGCUGAAUUCAUACAGCCGAGACUAGAUGUAGGGUACCAGAGUCUGUUAAGGUUUGCCGAGUGUUCUCGUUCACUACUAGAUAGAAGACCAUUAACCCGUUAACUGUGUAGUUUUUAAAACCUUAACUACCCCCUAUUGUGUAAUUAAUUUGACGAAAAACGUCAUUUUUGGACCUUUUUAUUCCCGAAAAAAAAAUGAUAGUAGUCUGAAACCAUAUUAAAACUAACGGUAAAUAGAGUUGUCGCCCUUCAAUUAGAUUUCCUCGACCAGGCGUAAUAUAACGUCCUACACAUCCUGUGAUCGUAUGUUCGAAGAAUAGGUUGGGGAAAAUACCUCCAAGGCGUUAUAUUACGCCCUACACACGGUGAGUGGCAGUUGUCCAGGACAAUAUAUAACGUCCUACGCAGUUAACGGCUUAAGGAUCUUUCAGGCCUUGUGGGGGAUGGACUCUUGGGGAUAUUGUGUAACAAGUCGUUCAGAUGACCUCUGUAAAAUUCCCCCUAUCCCAUUGCCUCCACAUUUUCCAUUUUACAUGUGACAAAUUUAAAUUUUUAAAAAAUAUAUAUAAUUAAAAUGACCGUGCUAAAUUGUCCAAGAGACAUUAACCAUCUUUCCCAUCAAAUCUGUACCUCGCUACAGACUAAUAUGGACAUAUAAUUCCUGGUUCUAGUAACAAUUACCAUAGCAACAUGCACCAAAAUAUGCAAUGUUGCCACACUUUAAUAACUUAGAGUUGUCUUUUAUGUUGAUAUCUGCUCCUGCUGGAAUGAAAUAUUCCUCUGUCGUGUCUGCAAACGAAAAAAAAAAAAAAAAAUGAAAUAUAAGAUUAGAUAUAAUUGAUUUUGUUCAAGACUCUGGUUUGAACGUAGAUUUACUACAGCACAGUAUUGGUGUCUCAGGAAUGAUUCUUCUUCUGUCAAACUCUUGAUGUCUCAGAAAAUAUUCUUCCUUUGUCUAACAAGUUAUUUGUGAACUGUGGCAAGAUUUCUUCCUUUGUCUAACAAGUAAAUGUGAACUAUAUUCUACUGUGGCAAGAUUUCCAAAUUUAAAAGUGAUAGUUAUUGUUGGAAUAUAUUCUACUUACAAAAUUUACCUGGGAUAAGUUUUGAACUCUUCAAAAUAUCAGUUCCUAAUUGUGUACUACAUAUUCUACUGUUUCUAGCUUAUCAAAUCUACCUGCACAGUAUAAUAUAAGAAGAGUCCAGGAGAAGAACGAUCUAAGUCACAUUUUUGUCUUUUCGCAUAAACGGCAAAACAGACUCUUGGACGAGAAUGCUUGACGCGAACAGAACAACGAGUUGGUUUAAUUACAACUUCAAAAUGAUGUUUAAUACGAAUCGUAAUUACCAGUACAAUAACUGACUUCCACUUUUCAGUCACAUUAAGGUAAAAUAAAGGGUACGAUGGAAUUAUUUGUCUGGGAGGCCAUUUCAGAAGGGCCUUGGUUCGAUGUGAAUCUGAUCGUUUUUACCUGAAAUUGAUUGUUCCACAGAAAGCUUAUAGAAUUUGCUACUAGAUGGCGCCAUUAACUGGAGUUUGUUGAACAAGUAACUUAGAUCAUUUUUCCUCGGGGCUCUUCAUAUUGUUAUUAUCACUGCAAUCUGAUGUGUCUCGGUUACCAUAUCAAAUCUACCUGCCAGGUGUAACAUAUUGUUAUUAUCACUAUAUCUCUGCAAUCUGAUGUGACUUGGUUACCAUAUCAAAUCUACCUGCCAGGUGUAAUAUAUUGUUAUUAUUACUAUCUCUGCAAUGUCUCCAUACCGAUAUGUCUCGUUUACCAUAUCAACAAGUGAUGAGUUAUAUUUAUCUCUACUGUUGAAAUAUCUAUACCUAGUUCUAAUAUGAAUUCUUCUGUGUCUAUAAAUGAUGAGGGGGGUUGGAUGGCCGAAUGGUUAGCCGGCGCGCGCUGUAUCAUAAAGUCUGUCAUUGAGUCAACUGGUAGGGUGACCCACCAUAAAUAAAUAUCUCCAUAUAUCUCGACAAUUACGCCACAAUAUUUAUAUAUAUGCCAAGCCUCAAAUCAGUUUUACACAAUUAUAGUCACUAAAUAAACGAUCAUGUUGUACUUAAUAAGCUAUGACCAUUAAUCAUGUAUAAAUAAUAGACUGAAAACUGGUUCCAAGAGUCGUCCAUAACAUCCAGACACUUUUGAGUAAAAGAUAGGUUACGUGCCCUUGUUUUGAAAUUAGUCUCGCUUAACCAGUAUAUCGACCAUUCUACGUCUGAUUGACAGGUCGGGAUACUCAAGACUACUUUUUUACGAAACGUAACAGAAAGCUAGAACAAGAAAUUGAAUUUAGAAAUAAGCACGUUAGGUAGCUCAACAAUCGUUUUAAGAAGCUUGUAAAAGUAAAAUGAAACUACUGCUAGUAUCAUGUUCCUGCCUAACCCGAGUGAUUCAGAGAUAUUAUUUGUACUAAACCAAAAGAUGCCGCUCUUAACGGUACAGUUAAUGAUAAAGCGAUUUAAAAAAUGAAACGAACGUAAUUUCUAAAUCUGCUGUAAUAACCAAGAAGCUUAAUUUAACUGCUAUUCAAAAUCGUCAACAAUAAAUUUUUUACGGCUGUAAUAGUUGAUAGAUUUGUAGAGAAUUGCACGUGCCAUGGCUAUUUAUAGUAUCAUACUGUCAGAAAGUUGGUCUCGGCACGGCGAAUGUGCACGCUUCAGUGGUAGUCUCGAACUAUCAGCGGUGGACUGUAUUUCUGUGAGUACAUGGGUCACCCUACAACUGGCGUGGUUUCGAAUCCCCGGUUGUACGUGACAAGGAGUAGGGUCGCCUGUCCAACCUCGUGGGUUGUAUGUAAAUAAAAGUGAACCAUGUGUUAGUCCCGAAAUGACCUAGUUUGUGUCGAGUGGACGUUAAACCCCAUUUCUCUCUCUCUAUAAAUGAUGAGUUAUUUUUAACUCUCUUUUUUUUUUGUCUACACCCAGUGCAAUUAAAUAUUCUACUGUGUCAAGAUUUUAAAAAAAAUGCAUGAAUUAAGAAUUAUUUUUUACUCUAUUUUUUACGUAUACACCCAAUAACGAAUCUCAUGAGACAAGUUAUUUUGAACUCCUAUUCUAGUAAAUAUUCUACUAUGUCGAGAUUAACUAGUUUCCAUAUGACGAGUUAUUUUGAACUCCUAGUUGUAGUAAAUAUUCUACAGUGUCAAGAUUACCAAAUCUACGACUGAUAGUUAUUUUGAACUCGUCUGUUGUCUUGUUUACCAAAUAAACCUGCCCGGUGUAAAAUAUUUUUAUUAUUACUAGCUCUAUCUAUAUUCUGCUUUGUCUAGAUCGACAAGACAUGAGUUAUUUUGUCUAGGUCGACAAGUCAUGAUUUACUUUGUCUAGAUCGACAAGUCAUGAGUUAUUUUGAGAUAUAAGAUAUUCUAUUGCCUCAAGAUUACCAAAUCUCAAUAUGAUGUCUUCAAAAUAAUAUGAAAAAAAAAAAGAAAAAUGUUAUAUAGUAAAAUUGUGGAAAGCUACAAAUUCUGCAUAUGUAUAAAGUUGCUCUCCUUAAAAUCAUUCUUCUCCUAAACAUCCUUCCCUCCUAAAAUCCGUCUCGUCUCCAGAAAAGUUUGCACUAAGGAAACUGGUAGGAAAAUCACCUAAAUCAGUAAUGGUUUCCUGAGUUUCUUUAGGAAACAUCUUAGCUGCAUUUAUGUCACACUUUUCAGUGUUAAAUUUAUCUUUGAUAUUUUUUUUAUUUCUUCCUAAAUGGACCAAAUACUUUCCGAGGGCCUUUACACAAGAACAGACUGAUACUGAGGUUUCUCUUUAGUUAUACAUAUUUCCAUGGUGCAUCUAUGUGUAUCUAGCACUAAUUUCUAUCAGAUUCAUUCAAUAUCAAAUCUUUGUUUAAAAAUCGUUUAAAAUGAUCAAAAAUCUUGUAAUUUGUACUUGUACUAUCAGACUUAUUUCUUAUUGUGUUUGUUUCUUCGUGAUCGUAACAAGACUACAGCAUCAAUGGUUUUACAAAUUUAUUGUGAAGCUGUAAUGGCUUUGAAGGUUCCUUGUGUCAUGUAAAUCACUUUCAGAGACAGUACCGAAUAAAAAAAUUUAAGGCCUUCCCUACAAUAAGAACAAGAGAACGUUUUCGCCUAGUUCCGGUAUACAACGUUAGUAAAUUUCCUACAACAUCUAAUAUGUCAUAGUGUGCAUCCGUUAAAGUCAUAAUUUCCUCUUUUAAUCGAAGUAACGUUGUCCUAAAAUCCUGAGUCUGUUGUCGUUAAAGUCAUAAUUUCCUCUUUUAAUCGAAGUAAUGUUUUCUUAAAAUCCUGAGUCUUUGACGUAUUAUAUUUACUUAAAAUGUCUUGUGAAACAUCAAGGCUGCGAGUAACACCUGUGGUCAACUUCCUAAGAAAAACAGCAAACGGUCGAAGAUUACGAACCAGCAUAAUGAACCAUCUUGAUCGUGUUGUUUCUAUUUUAUUCACAGGCCUAAACAAAACAUUUUCCUUAAUUAAUACCCCCUUCUUUGGUUCAACACAAAUAAUAUUUAAAAAAAGUGAAAAUGUUAAUUUCAUGGUGACAACCACCGCUCCCUAUAUGUCCUAUAAGAAAUAAAAAUGAAACAUGUAACAUACAACUGCGAGGUUUCCUAACAUUUUAUUUUAUUUUAAAUCAAACCAAUCAGUGAACGAACUCGUAUAUCAUUACGGCCACACACAAGCCCAAAUGGUUGCCUAUGGCAACGUUCACUGUGUUUAAAAAUCUUCCUGGUUUUAACUUUCUGGUGGCACCAGUUACACGGCCAUCUCCUCGCAGAGGUUUUACGGACAAUGAAAAAGAACCCAUAGACAGGUAAAUACCCCUUACAGUCUUAACAACGCAGAAACUGAGUCUGGUGUGUAUACAUUAAGCCCGACAUUUUCUUCCUUUAUCCAGUAGCUAAU